ACUGUCAUUGUCAUUAGACCUUGCUCUCACGUUGUUUAUAAAACAAACUUUAAUUUUUAGGUUUAGUUAGAUAAAUACUGUUAUUUAAACACAAUGGGAGCAGAAAUCGCUGAUUUAAAAGAUUUCAAUCUCAGGCCGAUGAAAUGCGAAUGCAAUUUCCUUAGCAAAUCGGAUGGAUCUGCGAUUUUGUCUCAAGGUCCGACAGUAGCCCUGGUUAGUGUCAAUGGUCCACUGGACAUCAAGAUGACAAGCCAGAGUAUAGAGAAGGCGACGCUCGAGGUGCUGUUCAGCAGCAAGUCGGGCAAACCUUCUGUUGAAGACAGAUACAAAGAGCAUGUGAUCAGGCAGACUUGUGAGACAGCUAUCCUGGGCAGCCUGUACCCUCGGUCAGGCAUCACUGUCACUAUACAGGAGUUGGAAGACUAUGGGGGAUUCCUAGCCUGCUGCAUAAACUGCACGUGCCUAGCUCUGCUGAACGCUGGGCUGGCAAUGCGUCACACAUUCGCAGCGGUGUCGUGCGCUAUCGACGAGCACGGCAACAUACAGCUCGACCCCGCGCCUGCACAGCUUGACACAGCUCGCGCUAAUAUGACGUUUGUGUUCGAUAGUCGGGAGAACAGUUUGGUUACUGGUUUCACGGACGGCAGUUUCAGCGAGUCUGCAUACAACGAGGCGCUGGAGCGAUGCCGCGCCGCCUCGCAGCUCGUGUUCGACUUUUACAAGGACAUCGUCAGCAAAUACUCCUAUGUUAUCGGAUGAUUAAUAGUAAAUGUUGUUGUAGUUA